AUGUCCAAGCAAUACACUGAAUUUGGACCAACAGAUUCCACGAUCUGCAAGGCAUUUGUCUCUGCCCUGAAGAGCAACUGGUUGUUUCCCCAUCAGUUCUCAUCCCUCCAGUUCUGUCAACCGUCAAUCUAUAAUAGACCUCAGAACUAUAUGUCCAGUAGUUGCCUCCCCCAGAAACACCUGACUUAUGGCUGCAAGCUGCAGAACGUCAUCUCUUGUGGGUAUCGACCACUGAACUCUGCGUCCAUCACCUGCCACCCUUUGAAAUAUCUCUCCUAUGACCGUCAACCUCUAGGUUAUGAGUCCAGCAGCUUCAGACCCCUGGACUUUGUAUCUAAUAGUGUUCAACCUGUUCCCUACAUACAUGGCAGUUUCCAACCAGCUUUUUCUUCCUUUGGGACUCGGCAAUCUCCAUUUAUUAGAUGA